AUGAGCAAACGGCCAGCAACGGCAGUUGAGCGCACUACAGUCGGUGUAGGUACACCGCCCAAACAAGGUGAGGGAGACCAUCAAGAUGAAAGCAACAAUCAGAGCUUCGACCGUAGUUGCGACGUGGAAGACGACGAUGACGACGACGAAGACGAUAGCUCUGACGAAGAAGCGGAGCCGUCUCUCAAGUAUCAACGUCUCAAAGGGACUGUACUUGACGUUGUCAAAAAGGACAGUAUCAGCACGCUCAAUGUCAGCGAGAAGUUCAUUGCGCUCGGCACGCAUGCAGGUAUGAUCUUCAUUGUAGAUUUUCAGGGAAGUCUCAUCAAGGGCUUCAGGUCACAUACUGCUAGUGUCCUGGACAUUGACAUAGAUUCGACGAUGGAGUUUGUAGCUGCAGCUGGAAUGGACGGCCUGGUCUCGAUCAAUUCCCUGACCUCUGCCGAGCACUACGCCUUUGACUUCAAGCGGCCGAUGCGGACCAUCAGUCUUGAGCCUAACUUCGGACGGCGUGCGACUCGAGCUUUCGUCUGCGGAGGGAUGGCUGGCGCCCUCAUUCAUCGAGAAAAGGGGUGGCUCGGCCACAAGGAGACGGUGUUGCACGGCGGAGAGGGCCCCAUCUGGACGUGUCGCUGGAAGGGCGACUUGAUUGCUUGGGCUAAUGACAAGGGGGUGCGGAUAUACGACAACAAUACCCGCCAAAAGAUUACCUUUAUAAAUGCUCCUCAAGGCCAAGCUCGAGGGGACUUGUACCGCUGCAACUUGAUCUGGCAAGACGAGCGCACGCUCACCAUAGCUUGGGCUGAUCAGAUCAAGCUUGCCAAGAUCAAAGAGAAGGAAGCCAAAGCGGGUGGUAUCGUCAAUGUCGGUGCCACCUCUCACCCGCAACUCCAAGUCGAGAUCACCAAGAUCUUUCAGCUAGAUUGCGCUAUCAGUGGCUUGGCCGCCUACGGCGAUGACCUCCUUGUCCUUGCCUAUCUUACGGAGAGCGAAGACGGUAGCGAUGAAGAAGACGAUUCGGAUCCAGAAUCGUCCCGCGCUUUCCGGCGUAAAGCCGGACAAAGACCUGAGCUGAGAAUCAUCGAUCCAAUCACGGGAGAAGAGAAGAGCUCUGACGUUCUCUCACUGUCUGGAUUCGAGCGUUUGAACUGCAACGACUAUCGUCUGAUACCGUCGUAUGAGGCGGCCAAGAAGAGCAAUCAUCGCGGGAGCAAGGACACCAAAGCUGAUGUGGGACAGUCUCUCUUCUACGUCGUGUCCCCACGUGAGAUCAUCAUCGCAAGACCGAGAGACCACAAGGAUCACAUCAAUUGGCUCCUCGAUCAAAAGAAAUUCGAAGCGGCCUUGGGCCACGUCGAAGCGAUGGGUGAGGUCGAAGCAAAGGCGCAGGGCUUCGAUGCUGUCCUCAUUGGUCGCGACUACCUUUCAUACCUCACUGACGAGACCGGAGACUACUCGGCGGCUGCAAGGGUAGCCAGCAGAAUUCUCGGAAAGGAGGCACAGGCGUGGGAGGAACUCGUGUUCCUGUUCCUCGAACGAGGAAAGCUCAAUGCGAUCAUCGACCACAUCCCCACCGAAGAUCCCGUGCUCUCGUCGAUCGUCUAUGACAUGGUCCUAGCUCACUUCCUCCAGAAAGAUCUUUCAAAGCUCAAGGAGAUCCUGGAGCGCUGGCCCAUCGGUGUCUACAGCACACAAGCAGUUGCUCUCGCCAUCGAAGACCGGCUUCAAUCCUCGCCGGUGGCGAAGCGCCGCUCGGUGGAGCAGGAGCUGCGUCCCUGGACGGCCGAACAGGAACCGGAACAGACGUUGCUCAUGGAGCUCCUCGCCGAUCUGUACGUUCGAAAUCAUCAACCGGGAAAAAGUCUGACUUACUACCUGCGCUUGAAGCGCCCAGAGGUGUUUGACCUCAUCCGCGAGCACAAUCUCUUCCUCGACGUUCGAGACCAGGCAAGGCAGCUCAUCGAAUUCGAAGAGGCUAUGCAAAGAGAAGCCAAGGAGGAUAGGACAAGAGAUGGCCAGAAGCCACUUCAGGCAGUGCAGCUGCUCGUAGAUCAUGUCCAUUCGAUACCCGUUCAGCGAGUCGUUUCACAGCUGGAGGCAAAGUCGGAGUACUUGCAUCUAUACCUGGACGCUCUUUUUGAACGUGAUCCGCAGUUGGUCAUGGAAUACUCGGAUCUGCAGAUCGAGCUGUAUGCAGAUUAUGGCUACGAGAAGCUGAUGUAUUACUUACGCGCAAUGAGUAGCUACUAUUCAUUCGAGAAGGCUUUCAGAGUGUGCGAGCUCCACGAUUACGUCCCCGAAAUGGUCUUCCUAUUAGGUCGGGUUGGGGACAACAAGCGCGCCCUGAAUCUGAUCAUCGAGCGUCUCAACGAUGUCUCUCGUGCCAUUGACUUUGCAAAGGAGCAGAACGACGAUGACUUGUGGGAGGACCUUCUUCGUUACUCGGAGAAUCGGCCGGCCUUUAUACGUGGCCUGCUUGAGAACGUAGGAGCCGAAAUCGACCCGAUCCGCCUCAUUCGACGUAUCAAAGAUGGGCUAGAGAUUCCUGGCCUCCGGCCUGCUCUUAUCAAGAUUCUCCACGACUUUAAUCUGCAGAUCUCGCUACUAGAAGGCUGCCUAUCGAUUCUGUAUCACGACAUCCGCAGUCUUCAGGACGAUCUCUUCCAGGGACAAACGCAGGCCCACUACUGCGAGCCGGAGACGAUCACUGCCGGCAGCGCUGCCAGGGCUGGCGGAAGCCCUAGCGUCUGUGACGCCUGUUCGCGACCGUUGUUCGCCAAGAGUCAGCUCGGCACAGCGCUCGACUCGUCCUCGAGCGCGUCGGCGGCAGCCUCUUCCUCCACUACGUCUAUUGUCUUCCUCUGCCGACACGUGUACCACCUUCCUUGCCUUCUCACAAAGGCGGGCACCAUACCCAGUCGGAAGGCUAAGGGGGCUACAGACGGCGUGCGCGCCGUGCUGACGACGGCGACACAGGUGGCGUCUAGAGCUCGAGUGCUGAGCGUGCAAGGUGAAGCAGCAGCAGGUGCCUCUCACGCAGACGAGGCGCUGGCGAACAUCGCGGAUGGACCCAGCCUGCGGGCGUAUAGGAUGGAGGAAGACUUCAGGGCAAAGAUCGCGUACAGUGCCAAAUUGCGAGGUGCUCUGCGAUCACGAGGCUGCCCAGAUUGUCGGGCUGGGGCACAAAGUACUUUAGGAGCGGAGACUGGAGCUGUGCUCACGUCAUAA